AUGGGCCGAGGGGUGCGCGUGCUGUUGCUGCUGGGCCUGCUGCACUGGGCCGGGGGCGGCGAGGGCAGGAAGACCUGGCGGCGCCGCAGCCAGCAGCCGCCCCCGCCGCCCCCGCCGCGGGCCGAGGCGGCGCCGGCGGCCGGGCAGCCGGUGGAGAGCUUCCCGCUGGACUUCACGGCCGUGGAGGGCAACAUGGACAGCUUCAUGGCGCAGGUCAAGAGCCUGGCGCAGUCCCUGUACCCCUGCUCGGCGCAGCAGCUCAACGAGGACCUGCGCCUGCACCUCCUGCUCAACACGUCGGUGACCUGCAACGACGGCAGCCCCGCCGGCUACUACCUGAAGGAGUCCAAGGGCAGUCGGCGGUGGCUACUCUUUCUGGAAGGCGGCUGGUACUGCUUCAACCGGGAGAACUGCGACUCCAGAUACGACACCAUGCGGCGCCUCAUGAGCUCCAAAGACUGGCCGCGCACUCGCACAGGCACGGGGAUCCUGUCCUCACAGCCAGAGGAGAAUCCCCACUGGUGGAACGCCAACAUGGUCUUCAUCCCCUACUGCUCCAGUGAUGUUUGGAGUGGGGCUUCGUCCAAGUCUGAGAAGAAUGAGUACGCCUUCAUGGGCACCCUCAUCAUCCAGGAGGUGGUGCGGGAGCUCCUGGGCAAAGGGCUGAGUGGGGCCAAAGUGCUGCUACUGGCCGGGAGCAGUGCCGGUGGCACUGGGGUGCUGCUGAACGUGGACCGCGUGGCCGAGCAGCUGGAGGAGAUGGGCUACCCCAGCAUCCAGGUGCGGGGCCUGGCCGACUCCGGCUGGUUCUUGGACAACAAGCAGUACCGCCGCACGGACUGCAUCGACACUAUCACCUGCGCACCCACAGAGGCUAUCCGCCGUGGCAUCAGGUACUGGCACGGGGUGGUCCCGGAGCGCUGUCGGCGCCAGUUCAAGGCAGGCGAAGAGUGGAACUGCUUCUUUGGCUACAAAGUCUACCCCACCCUGCGCUGCCCGGUGUUUGUGGUACAGUGGCUGUUUGAUGAGGCCCAGCUGACCGUCGACAACGUGCACCUCACAGGGCAGCCGGUGCAGGAGGGGCAGUGGCUGUACAUUCAGAACCUGGGCCGUGAGCUGCGCAACACACUCAAGGAUGUGCCGGCCAGCUUCGCCCCCGCCUGCCUCUCCCACGAGAUCAUCAUCCGGAGCCACUGGACAGACAUCCAGGUGAAGGGGACCUCGCUGCCCCGGGCGCUGCACUGCUGGGACAGAAGCCUCCAUGACAGCCACAAGGCCAGCAAAACCUCCCUGAAGGGCUGCCCCGUCCACCUUGUGGACAGCUGUCCCUGGCCUCACUGCAACCCCUCAUGCCCCACCAUCCGGGACCAGUUCACGGGGCAGGAGAUGAACGUGGCUCAGUUCCUUAUGCACAUGGGCUUCGAUGUGCAGACAGUAGCCCAGCAGCAGGGACUGGAGCCCAGCAAGCUGCUGGGGAUGCUGAGCAGCGGAAGCUAG